UAAGAGAAACGAAUUAUUUUACGAUAACGUUCUGCCAUGAUAAAACAGAUACAUAGGUAUCAUGUGCGUCGUUUGCCUCUGCCGCUGUGUAGUUAGCCCCAAGCCCCCAAUGGUUUUAACUUGUGUCUUAUUAUUGUUGUAUUAUUUGUAAUUUGUUGGUCAAUUUGACAGGUGCUUCCAAGAUUGUUCUACUCAAAGUUUUUAAGGACAUCUGCCGUUCUUUUUCAAUUGCAACAACUGAUGACAGGUCCCAGAGUUAAUUUUAUGUUGAAAGUAUAAAAAUUUAAAUAGUUUAUGCAAUGAUCCUAAUAAACGUGAAUUUCUAAACGACUUAAGGAUUAAAAUCGUAAUUUAUAUUAUUGGUAUAUUUAUUGUAACCAUGCAAAGUUCGAUGUACGAUUACAUAUCGCCUGUGUUCGGUAACCAUGAGAACUCCUCAUCUCAUAGUUUUUCGACGACUGAGUCUUCGGUUCAUAACCUGUUAUCACCCUGCGGAUCAUUGACCGAACAUAUACAAACAAUUACAAACUAUAUCAAUGAAGCAGAUGAAAAAGAUUUGUACAACUUUUUCGUAGACCUUGUAUAUCAAAUUUUCGGCCAUGGUCCUAUGACAGGUUGGAGUUUGGAUAAACUAAAAAUGAAAGUAUGUUUUUUAAAUUUUUUUGUUAAUUUGUUUGGUACCUACCAUGUACAAUUAUUAUUUACAUACAACACAAUUUUGUUUUAUUAUCUACCAGAAACCAUACAUUAUUACUUAGUUUUUUGGUGUAUUUUAAAUAUAUGUUUAAAUUUCAGAAAUUGAAUGAUCAAUUCAGUUAUGGAGAAUCUGACAGUGUAUACCAAUUUUUAUGCUGUAAUGGAUAUAUUUUUAAAUUGUGUUAUAAAUUGCUUCCUAAUAGUUCAAUUAAAUUCAAUAUAUUUUUUAACGAUAUACCAGUAAGUUUAUAUUUUAUCAUAAUUAUAAUUUAAUACUUAUGUAUUUAAAAUACAUUUUAUGUGUUAGAUUGGGUUGAGACAGAAAAUUGAGAAUUCAAUUGGACAUUCAUAUUAUGGUUCACGAUUUUUAUAUCCCAUAGAUUCAAAUAAACCCAUUGGUCUUGGCUUAAGUAUCUUUUUUAAAUUAUUUAUAUUAUUCAGAUAUCUUAUAUGUUAAGAAUUAUAGUAUUAUUAAAUUAAAGUUUAAAUUAGAAAAGAUAAGUUUAUACCUAGGUAGGUAGGUACCUUAAAAAAAAAAUAUAUAUAUAUAUAUUUGUAGAACAGGUUUUAAGUUAAAUUGUUCCAAAAAUGAUUGCCAGUUUUAGAAUAAUAGUAGUUAAAUAUAUAUACAUAUUUUAUUUUAAAUUCCUUAACUGUAUAACUGUUAGAUACAUUUGAGUAUUACAUGUUUCAUUUCGCGUUAUAUGGCUUAAAGUUAACCGAGAAUGAUGUUUCAUAUUUGGACGACAUCAAACAAGAAUCAUCGGUGUAUAAACUAUUGUGCUUAAAUUAUCUGCAAUAUUUUUUACCUUUGGAGAAUUCUGCCAGUAAAAUUUUACCUAAAUUGCCUUUUAAUGUACUUUCCACAAAUACCAAUCAAAAACAAUUCACAAGUCCUAGGUAUGUAGGAAAUUUUUAAAUUAAAUUAAUUUAGAAUUAUGUUAUGUUUAACCAUGUUACUUUUUUUUAUAAAAUACAUAUUUUAUAAUGUCUAUUAAUACUUUGAUGUAUUUGUGUUAUAGUUCAUCAUUAUGUUUUUUAAAAAAGGAGCUUUAUUGCACAGACAAAUCUGAUAAGGUUGAAUGCUCUUGGAUAGUAAAAUCAGAAGCAACAUGGCGUAGUGAACUAGUUGCAUUUUUUUUAGUAGAUAUAUGGUUGAAUUACAAUAUUAUUUCUCUUGUAAGUGUAUAUUCAUUCUACAUAAUUUUGAUGUUUUAAUUUGUAUUAUAUGAUAGAAAAGUUUUUCUUAUUUGUUUAUUAUUGUUUAUUUUUAAAAAUUACACUUUUUUCUACUGCAAAUCAUAAAUAGUCUGUACUAAGUUAAAAUAUUGGGACUUACUUUCUUAACGUGAUAUUAAUAAAAAAAUAAAAAAUUGGAUUAUAAACUGAACUAUUAUUUAUAUUUUGAUUAAUACCGAUACAGUUAUUACAUGCAUUUCCUAACUCAAAUGAAAUUAUUUUUUUUCUUUCCUCAGGUGCCAUCAAUUAAGUUAAAUGUAUUGAUUAGAUGUUUAAUAAAACACUUUCAUUUAUAUUCUAAUCGUGCUAAACAACAACCAAUAGAUGAUUUGAAAUCGUAAGAAAAAUGUAUAAAAAACAUGAUUGUAUUAUUUUUAAUGAAUGAUUUGUCUAGAAUUUUAAUUGUCCGCCAUGGUGUUAGUAUUUAUCGUUAUUUAUCAUACUAUAUGAUAAAUUGGCCACAGGAUUUUUCAUUUCGCAUAUUAUUGGAAAUAUGGUUAUGUUAUAUUCAACCUUGGCGUUAUGAUGGAUUUAAUAAUCAGUAAUAUACAAAUUUUACUAACUUUAGUUGUACUUAAUUUAUUCAUUUUGUUUUUAGGACGUUUUCUAUCACAGAAAGUGAAAUGAGUAAUAAAUGGAGAGUUUUUAUAAUGAAAAAUUUGCUGUGUUAUACUAAAUUAUUUUAUCUUGCUAUUAAAAGAUUUAAUUGUGUUGAUAUUUGUACACCAAAGUAUUCAAUCAUGAUUUUUAGAUUUCUUAAAGUAAAUAUUACAUCAACUGAUUAUUAACUGGUGAUUUGUCACAAUUUAUGCAAUAUUUAUUGAUUUUGAUUUUCUGUUUAAGAUCUUUACCCAUCCAUAUUUACUAAGAAUUUUACUGGAUAUAGAAAAUUUACUGACACAAAAACAAUAUACAGAGGUGGAUGCUAUAGUAGCUGAUUAUUUAGCUGAAGCUGAAGGUCCAUUAUAUAAAUAUGAACCUAUGUUUUCCGAAAAUCGUAUUUCUGAGGUAAAUAAACAAUUACUAUUUUCAAUAGAAAUUUACCUAUUGGAUGAAAUUAAAAAUGUUUUUAUUAUUUUUAAUUAUUAUAAAGAAAUGUAUUUUAGGUUUAUUUUAUUAAUUUUACACAGUUAUUUGGCAGGAUCAGUUGUAAAAAAGAAAUUUGUUAUUUUUUAGUAAUAAUAAUGUGAACAUAUCAGGUCAAUGUGGGUCACUGUUUCUUAAAUAAACAAUGACUACAUAAAAGAUAAGAGUAACAGUUAUUUUCGGAUAUGUCAACUUUAUUUUACAUUUUAUUCAAAAAAAUUUAAUAUGAGUCACCAAAAAAAUAGUUAAAUACAAAAUUACUAGAGCAUUUUAUACCUACAUUCAGUACCUGUUGUUUAGACUGUUUGGUGCACAAUAUUAUACUUUAAUUGGCCCAGUAUUAAAUGCACAAAAAACCAAAAUAAAGUACUAAACAAAUUUUUUGUUUGUUUUAUUUAUUAGAUAGUUAAUAAUUUUUAUUUUACUUUAAAAAAAAAAUAAUAAUACAAAAAUUGACAUGAAUAAUAUCUUUUGAGGCUUAGUAUUAUUCAUUCUCAGCAUACUAAAAUAUGAAUUAAGGAUUAAUAUGUUAAAUUCUGUGUUAAACUAUUUUACUUUUACAAAUUUCCUAUUAUAAUAAACAUUAUGGAAACCUAUUAUUUUAAGAUAAUAUUUUGAAUAGGCUAAAUUUAACUUUAAUGUAAAAAUAUUCAUUAAAUUAAUUAACAGUGACUAAACAUGUUAAAAAUGAAAAUUGCAAAAAAUAUCAAAAUUGGAGUACUAAAAGUUUACAAAAUUACCUGUUACUUGAUAUAAAUUAUGUAUUUGAAAAUCAUUGUCUAGAAUAACCCAAAAUAAAGUUGUGUUUUUCAUUGAAAUUUAGACAGUAGUGAAUCUAGGAUUUUUUUUAGGGAAAUGUAGUACUGUAGGUAAUAAUGAUAAAGAUUGUAAGUGUACUAUCACAUUUAACAUGAAGUAAAAUGCUAUUUUCUCAUUACCUCAUUAUCUGAGAUAAAUAAAAAACAAAUAGAAACAAAAAUUGCCAUUUUUAAGGAAUAUAUUUAUUAUUUAUAAUUUUAUAUUUUGUAUUUAUUUACUUUGUAUUGUAAGCAAGUACCUACUUAUAAAUUAAAAUUAAAAAUUAUAAAAAUAAUAUUGUAAAUGCCUAGGAGUGUGUAUAACAAACAAAUAUAUAACAUCUUAAGGUUUUACAUUAAUUUUGUUAUGAAUAAUAAUAACUAACUAAUAAUAAAUAAUACUAACCAUUUAAAUGAUUUUCUUCCAUUGUCAUUCUCAAAUAAGAUUUAAUGUUUUUCAAAGUUGUUAAAUACUUCUCACUUGUGGACCUUGUAAUACUGGUAAUACUGCUACUAAGUAGUACUACUAGUACUUCUUUAAAUAAUUUGUUUUAUGAAUAAUACAUCGCAAGCUAAAUUAAGCUAAAUUGUAAGCUUAAAUUCCAUAAUUACUAAUAUUAUAUUUUCUAAAAUAUUUUAUUUAUUUAAAUUUUGUUAUUUCUAAAUUUCAUAACAUUAAUUUUUUAACCUAUACACUAAAUUAAUGUCCCUCCUGUGCUCUCUGUCUCACUCUUAAUCCGAACCACUGUCUUGAAUUUCUAUAUCACUCAAUCAUAAUCAUUACUAUUGGUUAAUUUUUGUUUAACACAUAUAAUUAAUAACAGUGAAUGAAGCCAAACUAUCAUUCAGUUUCUUAGUUUUGUUUUUACUUAAUUAUUAUUUGGAGUUUAAUAAGUUUCUCUUAUAAUAAAUGUAAGAGAUCAAAAAACCCAACAAUUUGUGGGAAAAAGAAAACGAAAUUGCACUAUUAUCAGAGAUAAAAAUGGUCAAUUAUUAGUUGAUGACGAGAAUAUAAUAAAACGAUGGAAAGAGUAUAUUGAAGAGCUUUAUGAGGCAGAAAAACUGGAGGAAAUUACAACAGAUGAGGAAGAAACGAAAUUACCAAUUUUAAAAUCAGAAUUUGAGUUAGCAUUCCAUGACUUGAAACAAAAUAAAGCUCCUGGGAUUGAUAACAUAACACUAGAAUUAUUGCAAUGUGCAAUAGCAUAAUUGUAACUAUACCAAGAAAAGUGGAACAAAUUUCUGUGAACAGUUUAGAACACUGAGCUUACUGACACACGUCUCAAAAAUCCUAACAAAAGUAAUAAAUCGAAGAAUAGAAGGAAAAGUGGAGCAGUACUUAAAAAACGAUCAAUAUGGAUUUAGAAGACAAAAGGCANUAUUUGGCCUUCAUAGACCUGGAGAAGGCCUUGGAUAAAGUAAAUUGGAACAAAAUGCUACUCGUUUUACGAGAAGUAGGUGUCGAGCAACAAGACCUAAGAAUUAUCCACAGUCUGUAUAAGAACCAGACAGCUUGCAUUAAGAAAGGAGAAAUCACAACUAAUGCUUAAAUAAAAAAAGGAGUUCGAUAAGGAUGUAUGUUAUCACCACCACUGUUUAACUGCUACAUCGAAAAAGUUAUAAAUACAGUAAAAGCAAAACUAACAAGACUAAAUAUUGGAAUCAAAAUUGGUGGAGAAAUUGUUUCAAUGAUACAAUUUGCGGAUGACAUUGUGGUAAUAGCAGAAAGUGAAGGGGAUAUACAGAGUGCAGUUGAAGAAAUGGUUAAAACCUUUAAGGAACUUAAAGAAAAGGCGAGUAACCGGUUAGAAUGGAGAAUUGGAGUUGUCAACCAACCUUCGGGUUGAAAAAAAAAAAAAAGAAAUAAUAAUAAAUGUUUUAGAAUAAUUUACUUUUAUUUAACAAAAUUUUUCUGAAAAAAAUGUUUGGAUUAUAUUAAUUUAAAACAUAUAAUAGAACUACUAUUUAUUUUUUUUUUAUAACAUUUUAGUGUUCUGCUAAAUGAUGAUGGUUCUUACAUUUUUAUUUGCGGACAUAUUUAUUUUGUAACAUUUGAAAAUUUUAGAGUAAAAUAGAUUUUUAAAAAACAACAUCUCUGAAAUGUUGUUUUCUUACAUUUAUUUUCUUAUACAAUUAUUUUCUAAAAAAUUGUAAUAUAGAUUUUUAUUUUUUCCAAAUUUUUAUUGCCCAAAAAGAUUCCUUUAUAAUUAGGAUUAUGCAUUGACUCCAAACAAUAUAAAAUAUAUUUCCUUUGACAUUUUCCUGGCAAAAUAUUAUUAUUGUUAUUAAAUUUAAGUAGGUUAAGUUCUAUUAAAGUUUAAAUCUACAAUAUAUUUUAUUUUUAUAAAACUACUGAGUAGAAGAGUAGAAUAGUUUAGUUUUGUUUUUCUUAUAGUUAAUACAUUUUUUAAAAGUAUUUUCAUUUAUAUUUUAUUUUUUAAAACUAUUUUUUUUUUCUAAUUAAAAUGUUCUAUAUUAUUAAUUUGCAGUAUACAUUAUUUGUCACCAAACUUCAUAAUACAUUAGAUCAUAUAAAUUUCAAAUUGAACCAGUUUCAAAAAGAAAAUAUGGAUUCAUCAUCUAUGGUUGAAAAGAUUUUCUCACUGAGAAAUCAAAAGAUGUCAGAGUAUAGUGUAACCCAAUGGGAAGAUUUACGAACCAACAUACAGUCAUCAUUGUUUUAUAUAAAACAUAUUUUUGUGAGAACUAAUCAACUUUUAUUAUAUCAACCUAUCUUUUUAUUUGCAAAUAAUAUUUAAUUUACUGUUGUUUUCUUAGAAUGUUAAUGCUGUUCCUUUAUCAAUGGACCUUGAUUCCCAGUCUGUAUCUAGCUUUGAUAGUAGUCAUAAUGUUUCUGGUAUUAUCAGAAAAAAUAAUUUACUUAUUCAGUCUUUUAAACGUGUAAGUUUAAACAAUAAUUAUUUAAAUUAACUUUAACAAUAAGGUUUUUUUUUGUCAUAUAGUAACAUAGUUAUGAACAGUGGCAUCGCCUUCUUAUUGGCUUUUCAAUAUAACAACUAAGGAUAUUUAUUUAUUCAUUUAGUCUUGAAAUUUUUAAAUGAUACUUCAGCCAAUUUACAAUGAAAAUUUUGAUUUUUCAGAUUUGACUUUUAAAUUCUCAUUGUUAAUUGGGUAAAGAAGAAAGUUCUAUGAUAUUUAUUUAUGAUUAACAGUUUUUUAUAUACUCUCAUUGAAAAUUCCUGGGCACACCACUGGUUAUUUACCUAAAUUUUAAAUUAUUUGAUUUUAAUUUUCAGAGUUCCAGCUACCUAUUCUCUAAAGCAUCUCACAACAAACAAUGGGAGAUAGACCCAGAUUAUCUUGGAACUUUAACCUAUGAAAAUGAUAUCCUUGUAAAAUUGAGUAUAUUCUUGAGAGAUUCAGUUGAUUUAUAU